ACCCCAGCCACAAUUGAUAUUGAACAACAUUUAUCAUUAUUUAUAAAGUUUCAAGAGAAUCCAUUAAUGUCUCUUCGUCCAUUUUUAGUUCAAUUUGCUGGUGAAAGAAUUAAAAAAAUUGACAACACCUAUUCAAAUAUUAUGGCUAUCCAAAAUGCAAUAAUUGAAACUCAAUCUCCAUCAUUAAAACUGGAAGCAGUGUUUGAGAGCUAUGAUAUAGCAAUUAAAGGAAUCAUUAAUGAUUAUAGGCUAUUAUUAGAUAAAGAAAAGAAUAUUGUUCAUGAACUAGUAGGUGGGUACUCGUAUGUGUUUUUGUUUUCUCCUUUUAUUGAUUUAAAAGCCCUUUUUGAUUUGAAACCUGUUUUGGAUAUUAAGGUGAUUGGAGAUUCUUUGUUAAAACUUAUAAAACACAUACCAAAACACCAAAAGCAAGAGCUUUUGUCCAGACAAUUUUUUCAUGAUGGUCAAAAUUAUGAAGUUAACCACCAAGGAGAUUGUGAUGUUAGUCUUUUGCUAAUAAAAAAAUAAAGCCUACCACGCAGCCUUUCAUCAGCUAAGGCAGGCCAACUAUAUAGCUCUUUAUUUGCUAAAUAAAGUUAAUCAUAUAUGGCUAUGACGAUCAAUUUGGAUUAAUACCAACGGGACCAGUUUUGAAUCAAGUUUUAAAUGCCUAACACGAUGUAGCAACCACACUUCUUUUUAUAUUGAACCAUUUGUUUUGAAAUCAUGGAAAAGUUAUCAAUACAAUU